AUGUGAACUAUUUUCUUGUGUUUCUCAAAUGGGUUAAUGUAAAGCACCGUGUUGCAGCCAGAGCUGGUGAUGUUGGGUCCCUCUCCAUCCCUCCCCCUUCCGGAGGACAAAGACUAAAAUGGGUCAGACUCAGGCGCGCAGCAGAUCCUCCGCACCAGCCAUCAUGUAAUGUACUCCAUCAUCCUGCAGACUGGGAACAAGAUGCUGCUCGCUACAAUCACGGUUUCCCCUGAACGUCUUCACCUUGUUUGAGAUUCUGGCGAAAAGACAAAUGUUUAUUAGACAUCCGUGUGUUUGCGCCGUUUGAUUCAAGAGAUGGCUCGGGUAAAGCUUGUUUGCGUUGUUCGCUGAAAUGAACCGAAGAGAAAGCUACAGAUGGAUGCGUUCCCGGUGAAACAAGGUGAAGGAGUAAAGUCUUGUUUUGUGGACUCUGGACCUUGAGAAAUCUAAUGGAGGACGACUUGUACUGCCACCCUGGACAUUUUUAGAUAUCUGCUUCUCUUCCUUGGACAUUGGUCUCUUUUUGAUUAGUUCUGUGUUGACUGGGAGCUGCCAUGACUUUAUUAAUUCCCUAUCACCAAGGGUGGAAACUAAUGCUAUCUGCUAUCUUGGCAUUGCUAAUGAUUGUGCAAUGUGUUUCAACUAUGGAACCAGAGACCUGUUACUCAAGACAACAUCAGAAAGCUAUAGUCAAUGUAAGACAGGCACUAACCAAGCAAGGGGUGCUUAUGGACGCCCGAGUGGUCCGGUCAGAGCGAGACUGUGUCCUAGCAUGUUGCUCUGAGGAAGUUAAGCCAGGGGCUAAGUGCAACAUGGCUGUAUUUAAUGGCAAUAAGCAGCUUGGUGAAGAUAACUGCUUCUUAUUCCACUGUGUGACUGAGCAGGACUGUCCAUUAAUGAAAGCUGCAGAUGGCAUUAACACGUAUGACAUCUACAAAGGAUUGAUUCAUUUAACAACAGGGAGGCCAGCUGCUACCACAGUCUUGCCCAUCACCAGUACUCCUACUCCAAGAACGACGUCAACUCCACCUCCUACAACAACAACUACAACAACUACAACAACUACAACUACAUCCACAACAACACAGACCCCAACCACAAUGCCACCCCCCACCACUACUCAGUCUCCCACAACAACCCCAGCUGUGGACACCGAGCCUCCUCCACGUUUAAUCAUCAUCUCUCCCAUACCUGCUGUGGCAUCCACCACGACAACUACCACAACAGAAGUUACAUCCAUUUCGAUACGAAGACCAAACAAAGCUACCAAAAAGCAAAACAAAAAUACGAAAAAGGGAAGGUUGCAUCCAGUGAUCACCAAAACCACACUUGCACCUACUAGCGCUACUACAACACUUCAUGUUAUUAUGGUCGAUCAAGAGGAUGCAUUUAGAACUGCUGACAAACCACAACCGAAAGCGGAACUGUGCACCACAACACCUUCUACAACCACCACAACCCCAACCACCACAACUACUACUACUACCACUCCUAUCCCAACCACCACUACUGCUAUCACUAGUACUACCACCACUACUACUAUUAUUACAUCAACAGCUCCUCCUCCAACUACUUCAACUGCAACUGUUCCUCCAACUACUUCCACCACAACAAAGGAGAAAUUUAAUCUAAUAACCACUACUCCUGCAGUCAGUCUACUCAUUGUACCCAAAGGUGUGGUCCAACCGGAGCAUCCACUGCAGGACCAAAGUCAGGCCAAAUCUGCAACAAUGGGCCGUGGGGCAGUGAAAAGUGGUGUGGUGGCCUUCAUGGUCCUGGGACUUGCUGUGCUCACGAUGGCAUUGGCUAUAGGGGGCAGGAAGGCUAUGGAGUCCUUUGACAGGCGCCAUUAUACCAGGUUGGAGCUCAAUGACUUGCACUAUGAAGUGUGAGGUCAACAACCUCAUUCACUUUUUAGGCAAAAUAAACAUGCUUGAUAGAGCUAAUAAUUUUUAACUUUGAAAUUUAUACCCAACGCUUCAUGUUGUAUUAUGAGCACUGCAAUUUAUAAGCCUUUGUAGAUGUACAGCAGUGCAGAUCUUGACUCUGUGGGAUAGGCAAACUUUCAUAACUUUUCUCACGUAUUUCAGUUAGUGGUCACUUGUGAAUGGCACCUGCCCCAUGAACUAUGGCCCUGAGGCUAGAUGAGCUAAAGGCCAUUUUGUUGCAGGACCAGCAAUUGCACAUGGCACAACAUUCUUUAUUCAUGUUUUAUAUAAUGGAAUAAGCCACAUCACCUCAUUUAUUAUGUAAAGAUUACAUAGUUUAAUCACAACUCAAUUUUAACCACCAUGAAGUCUAUUUGAUUUGUGAAAAAGUGUUUUGAAUCUCAAUAUUUGGAGUAUGUGUUCUUUGAAUUACAUUAUACAUAGAUUUGAAACUUUCAUCAUGCUUUCGUUGAUUAAUGCAGGUGUUCAAUUUUGUAAUUGGAUAUUUACAAGUGUUAAUCUCUCAUUCUGCUGAUUUUGGUCCCACUGUGUUGGACAAGUUCAUUUUACAUGUUUCUACAUCAUUCUGAAUCGUUUUACUAUUACAUUAUAUUAGACCACACCAUUUUUAAUGAAUAUGUCACGUAGUCCGUACAAAAUGGCCAAACUAUCAUUGUAAAUUACAGACAGUGUAAAGCAAUAUUUUACUCCUAAAUACUCAGGAUGCAGAAAGCAACUCUGUUGUUGACUGUGUGUUGCCAUAAGUGGUGCACACAAUGCAUGUCCUUGCCACAGCCAUACAAGCUUAAUGGUGAUAUCACUUACUUAGAUGUGAGCCUCACUAUCUUACUGUGUGGUUUUAUGUCCACAUAAUCACUCACAUGUGGAUUGAAUUCAAUGUGAAUGCAAUCUUUAAAAUUCAUUGCACUAUUAUCUUGUCAUUAUUUUUAACUAAUAGCCUAUAACCUGCUUCUUUUUAAGUACAAUGUUUUCAUAAGUGCACUGGUUGUGCACUGGGAGAUUAUUACUACUGUAUUACUUACAUAUAUAGGAAUGAAUGUUAUAAGUGUGCAGGCUAAACAUGCUGGGACACGAGAUUACCAGAAGGGGGCAGCAGAAACCUGGUUGAUCUCAGGACUAUGCUGCAGCUGCACUCGUGCCUACUGUUGAUUUGCAUUGAUGGUUAUAGUUUGUUCUCGUUUUGUGAAGUGAUACCUUGGCAUAGUUUAAAAUUUGAACUUUUAUUUGUAAG